AUGACACAAUUUGUUGAGAAGGUGCAGGAAUUGGGCAUGGAACAGGGGACAAAUCCCCAGCUUCAUAAACUAUACAAUGAGUUUGCAAUAGAUGAAGUACCUUCACUCAAGAGGAUUUACGAUGUGAAGCUGAGACACGAGGCAGCCGUGGAGUUGGUAAAAAAAGUUUGCGAUGCGCUCUCCCAGAGGAGCACUACCGAGAUCACCCAGUUUUUUCAAGAUAGGAACUUGCUGGCUCAAGCUACAGUCAAGGGAAUCAGUGAACUCGUGAAGCUAUCCAUUCAAUAUUUUCCGGAGCUCAUUUGGAUUUCGCCUAAUGAUACUACGUUGGUGACCCUUGCUGUGCAGCAUCGUCAAGAGAGGAUUCUCAGACUCUUCUUGAAGGAGAGCUCAACCAAUAGGUUGUCAAUAGUUCCGGCGCCUACAGAAAUAGAAUCGGGGAAAAUGAUGCUCUCUGCGGCAGAGUGCAACCCUGAUAUCGAUGAUGUAACUAAUGUCUCUGGAGCAGCCUUUCAAAUGCAAAGAGAAAUUCAAUGGUUUAAGGCUGUGGAAAGUUGGGUUACCCCUGACAUGAAAACCGCCAGGUUAACGGUUGAUAAUAAAACAUACUGGCAAGUGUUUGUGGAGAAACACCAAAAGUUGCUUGAGAAUGGACAGAAGUGGGUGAAGGAGACAGCAGAUAAAUGUAUGCUCGUCUCAACUCUAAUUGCCACAGUAUUGUUCGCUGCUGCAUUCUCUAUGCCUGGAACCAAUAAUGACAGUGAUGGAUUCCCAUUAAAGGGUUCUGUCCUGGUUUUUGCAAUUUCAGAUGGGUUAGGUUUGCUUUGCUCUGUGACGGCCAUCUUGCUAUUCUUAGCCAUCUUAACUUCGCGGGAUGAGCCACUAGAUUUUCUUGACUCAUUGCCUGAGAAGAUCAUAAUGGGCCUUUCUUCACUCUUUCUCUCCUUAGCUUUCAUGCUGGUGGCCUUCGCUGCAGCUCUCACAUUUGUGUUGGAUAAGACACUGGAGUGGGUUGUCAUUCCCAUUGCUCUGCUGACCUCUCUCCCCGUGACUUUAUUUGUAGUACUUCAACUUCCCCUGCUAUUCCAGAUGGUUAAAUCCACUUAUGGACCUAGCAUCUUUCAUGCUGAGGGCAUGCGGAAGUGA